GCCGGGCUCUUGUUCGAAGGGGCUUCCCGAUUUUUGCUGCCUGCUUCCCCCCCGCGGUCUCUCGCCGCGGGCGGUGGCGCCCGUCCCCUCCCAGGGGGGCGCGGCGGCCGGAGGCGGGGGUCGUGGCGGCCGCACGGGGCGGCGCUGGGAGGGCGGGCGCUGGGCCCGCCCCGUCGGCAUCCCUGGCCCGACUUCCUCCGGCCGCGGCCGGCCGACCCAGCUGGAGGAAGCGGCGGCGGCGGCGGCCACGAUGAGUUCGGGGGACGCUGUGUGCACCGGCUGGCUCGUCAAGUCUCCACCCGAGAGGAAACUGCAGCGCUACGCCUGGCGCAAGCGCUGGUUUGUCCUCCGACGGGGCCGCAUGAGUGGCAACCCUGACGUCUUGGAGUACUACAGGAACAAACACUCGAGCAAGCCCAUUCGUGUGAUAGACCUCAGCGAGUGUACAGUGUGGAAGCAUUCAGGCCCUGGCUUCGUUCGGAAGGAGUUUCAAAAUAAUUUCGUGUUCAUUGUUAAGACUACUUCUCGUACAUUCUAUCUGGUGGCCAAGACCGAGGCAGAAAUGCAGGCGUGGGUAUACAGCAUCACUCAGGUCUGCAACUUCGGCCACCUGGAGGGUGGUGCAGCAGAUUCCAUGGAGAGCCUCUCUCACACGCCCUGCUCCCUCCAGCCAUCCUCUGCCAGCUCCCUUCACACUGCCCAUGCUGUCAGCUCCUCCUUGCCAAGAGAUGACCCAAACUCUAAUACUGUAGCCACUGAGGAAACCAGAAGUGAGUCAGAGUUUCCCUUACUUCCUGAUUAUCUGAUUCUGUCCAACUGUGAGACUGGAAGACUGCACCAUGCCAGUUUACCCACCAGAUGUGACAGCUGGUCAAACUCAGACCGUUCAUUGGAACAGACUUCAUCUGAUGAUGUUUUUGUUGAUGGCCUGCAGUCACUGCACUAUGUUAACUUGGCCGACCCCUUAACCCGUCGGAAUGGAUCUCAGGAGGUGCCUUACUAUGCAAGGCCUCGGAAUGGAUCUCAGGAGGUGCCUUACUAUGCGAGGCCUCGGAAUGGAUCCCAGGAGGUGCCUUACUAUGCGAGGCCUCGGAAUGGAUCUCAGGAGGUACCUUACUAUGCGAGGCCCCGGAAUGGAUCUCAGGAGGUGCCUUACUACGCAAGGCCUCGGACUUCCCUGAUAUGCAAUAGAGAUAGCAAUGGGCCAUACAGGGACCACGUUUCUUCACCACUGCUGGAAACUUCCUUAAAUUCCACCAUUCAGGUAGAUAAAAACCAAGGUUCUUUACCCUAUGGGGCAACAACACUAGACCUUGUGCCCAAUGUGCCACCUCCUCGCCCCCCUAAACCAAUCCAUCUCUCUGAACGGCGCCAAGAGGAGCGGCUCCAGUGGAGUGGACACAGCAGUAUCAAGAAGCCAGAAUGUACUACGGCACCAAGAAGAAUUUCUCUCUCUGGCUUAGAUAACAUGAGACCCUGGAAAGCUGAUGUAGAAGGCCAAUCCUUAAGACAGCGAGACAAGCGGCAUAGUUUAAAUUUGCCAUGCAGAUCCUCUCCAAUGUGCCCUACAGCUUCAACCAGUGAUGAAGACAGCUAUGUGCCUAUGGCCCCCCUGGGUGCCAUCUCUUGUCUCAAAACUGAGUCCAACUCUGAUGACUACAUCCCAAUGAGCUCAGGAAGCUUCUCCAGCCCACUUCCUGAGCUACCUGCAAACCUGGAACCUCCCCCAGUAAAUAGAGAUCUCAAGCCUCAGAGGAAACCACGGUCACCUCCCCUAGACCCGAGAAACCUUUCUACCAUCCGGGAACACGCAUCUCUAACCAGGACCCACACUGUGCCUUGCAAUCGGACGAGCUUUCUCUCUCCAGAAAGAAAUGGUAUUAAUUCUGCAAGAUUUUUUGCCAGUUCUGUUUCCAGAGAAGAGAAAGAGAGCAACACCCAAAUGGGGCAACACCAAACAGUCAACUCCCGGAGCAGUGGUGCUCUGAUACGGACAAAGAAAUGCAACCUAGAUUAUUUAGCCCUGGACUUCAAUUCAGCAUCACCAGCCCCAGUACAGCAGAAACUUCUUUCAGAAGAACACAAAGUUGACUACGUCCAAGUGGAUGAGCAGAAGACACAAGCUCUCCAGAACACCAAGCAGGAGUGGACCGAUGAGAGGCAAUCCAAAGUUUUUUGAAAAAGAGCCAAUCGGUAAACGUUGCAGAGAUCCUCCAGAUUCCUUGGCCAAAAGCAUCGUCAUUGGUCCUUCUAAAUCUCAGAACAACCACCACCUUUGAAACUUGUGAACUCUCAGCCUUUGAGAUAGUCACAGAAUGCCCAAUAUUCCUAGCUCCUGCCUCUUGAUCCACAGUUGAUAAAAAGAUAUACCUCAGUAUUGUAAAAGCUUCUGUUGGAAAUAAUCAUACUUUAGUAGAACAAUCUUUUUGCACAUGAAAACCUCAAACACCAUCAUUUGCAACCUGGGCACUCUGUUUUUAUUGGAGAAAAUACCUCCAAAAACACUCUUCAACCUCACUGAAAAGGCCCCUGUCAGAUCUUGUUAACCAACCCUUGUGCUGCUAACUUCCAUGGAACAGACAUUCACAUGUCACAUCCAAAGAAAACACCAGCCUUGGCUAGUGUAGCCAGGUUAGAGCAUUGUCCUAUAACCAAAAGACUGUGGGUUUGAUUCCUGGUCAGGGCACAUACCUAGAUUGUUUGACUGCCCCCACAUCCCUGUCCGGGUAUGUGUGGGACUCAGUAGAUUGAUGCUCCUCUCUCUCCCUUCCUUUCUCUUUUCCUUUCUCUCUAAAAGCAAUGAAAAAAAAUGUCCUAGGGUGAGGAUUUUAAAAAAUGAGAGAAAGAAAUCACCAAACCCUGAGUGGACAUGCAGACCUGAAAAUAAAGAUCUCCAGGAAUUGAAGCAGAUGAGAGUUGAAGAAGACAGCUUUCCCAAGAUGACCAGACCAGGCCUGUAUACAUUUUUUUGCCCCCUCACCCAAGGACAUUUUUCAUUGUCUUUAGAGAGAGAAGAAGGGAGAGAGAGAAACAUUGAUGCAAGGGAGAAGCAUCAAUAUGUUGCCUCCCACACAUACCAGGAAUGGGGAUUGAACCUGCAAGCUUUUGAUUAUGGGACAGCGCUCCAACCAACUGAGCCACAUCAGCCAGGAUUCCAAGUGUAUUGCAAAGGGGGAAACAUUUUCUUUCUUUUUAAGAGAGGGUAAGAGAGGGAGAAAGGGAGAGAAAUACCCUUGUGCAAAAGAAACAUUGAUUGGUUACCUCUUGCACGUCCCCUACCCGGGACCUGGUCCAUAACCCAGGCAUGUUCCCUGACCAGGAAUCGAGGAAUCGGAGUGGUGACCUUUAAGUUCUCAGGCCAGUGCUCAACGCACAGCCACACCAGUCCGGAUAGGGGGAAACAUUUCUGACUCUUGGGCUUGUCACCAGAAACUGAUUUGUUCACAUUGUCACAGGUCCCUUAUAUAUGAUAAAGAAGAAACUUAAUAAGAAAGGUAACAUUCAAUAAAUGACAUUUAAAAUUCUUUUUUCUUUAUUAAAUUUAUUGAGGUGACAUUGGCCAAAAAGAUUAUAUAGGUUUCAGGUGUACAUUUCUAUGACACAUGAUCUGCAUAUUGCAUUGUGUGCCCACCACCCAAAGUCAAAUCAUCUUCUGUUACCAUAUAUUUGCCCCCCUUCAUCCUUUACCAUGUCCCCCAAACCCUUCCCUCUGCUAACCACCAUAUUGUUGUCUCUGUCUGAGUUACUGUUUGUUUUUCUUGUCUGCUCAUUUGUUGCUUUCAGUUUUAUAUCCCAUAUAUGAAUGAAAUCAUUUUAUUAAAACAAUUAAAUUUAUUGGGGUGACAUUGGUUAACAAUAUAUGAUUCAUAUGUACAAUUCUAGACUGUCACCUGUAUAUUGCAGUGUGUGCUCACCACCCAAAGCCUCAUUUCCUUCCACCACCACACAUUUGACCCCCUUUACCCUUUUUGUCCUCUUCCUACCACCCUUCCCCUCCAGCAAGUACCAUACUGUUGUCUGCAUCUAAGAGUAUGUUUAUUCACUUGUUGCUUUCUGUUUCAUACUCCAAAUAUAAGUGAAAUCAUAUGGUUUUUGCCCUUUCCAUCUUAUUAUGCUUAGCAUGAUAUUCUCAAGAUCCAUCCAUGUCAUCACAAAUGGCAGCGUAUCAUUCUUUCAUAGGGCUGAGUAGUAUUCCAUUGUGUAAAAGUACCACAUCUUUAUCCAAUCAUCCAUCGAAGGACACUUAGGUUGUUUCCAUGACUAUUGUGAAAAAUGCUGCAGUGCACAUGAGGGUACAUAAAUCUUUGCGAAUAAAUUGUUCAGGUAGAUACCCAGAGGAGGGAUUGCUGGGCCCUACAGAAGUUCUAUCUAUUAAGUUUCUGAGGAACCUCUCUAUUUUCCAUAGUGGCUGUACCAGUUUACAUUCCCACCAGCAGUGAAUGAGGGUUCUCCACAUCCUCUGCAACACGUAACAUUUCUUGACUUACUGACAGUGGCCAUUCUAAAGGUGUGAGGUGGUGUCUCAUCGUGGGUUCUAUUUGCAUUUCUCUUAUCACUGGUGAAGUUGAACAUCUUUUCAUAUAUCUGUUGGACAUUUGAUGUCUUUUGGGGAAAAGUGUCAGUUCAGGUCCUCUGCCCCUUUUUUCUAUUGGAUUGGUUGUUUUUUUGUUGAGUUUUAUGAGUUCUUUAUAUAUUUUAGAUAUUAGCCCCUUCUUGGAGGUAUUGUUAGCAAAUAUCUUCUCCCAUUCAGGUUGGUUGCCUUUUUGCUUGAUGGUUUCUUUGGUGUACAGAAGAUUUUUAGUUAGAUAUAGUCCCAUUCAUUUUAUUUUUGCUUUAUUCUUCCCUGGCCUUUAGGGUCAAGUUCACAAAAGCCUCUCUGAGACCAAAUUCCACAAGUUUGGUAGCUAUGUGUUCCUCUCUGUAUUUUAUGGUUUAAGGUCUCACAUAUAAACCUUUAGUGCAUUUCAAGUUUAUUUGUGUGUAUGCUAUUAAACAGCAGCCUACUUUUGUUCUUUUGUGGGUAACUUUUCCAAUAUUCCUAACUGCAAUAAACAAUACUUUAGACAAUAAGCCUUGCAUGUACGCACACACAAAGGUGGAUUCCUAUCUCAUUCCUUGCAUCAAAAUAAAUCCCAGGUGACCCUAGCUGGUGUGGCUCAGUGGAUUGAGCACCAGCCUGUGAAGCAACCGGUCACUGGUUCAAUCCCAGUCAGGGUACAUGCCUGGGUUGUGGGCCAGGUCCCCAGUAGGGGGGCACUCAAGACGCAACCACACAUUGAUAUUUCUCUCCUCUUUUUCCCUCCCGCUCCCUCUCUCUGAGAAUAAAUAAAGUAAAUCCCAGGUGGAUAAAAGAGUAAACCCUGGAAAAUGAAACACUGAAACUACCAUAGUAAUGCACAGGUGGAUAUCUUAUCUUCAGAGUGUUGAAAAUAGUAUGAGCUCAGAAACCCCAGGGGAGGAAAACAAUGAAGUGGCUACCUAAAAUUUAAGAUGUAUGUGUAGCAAGGGACAAGUGGGAGAUAACACAUCUCAAUUUGAAGGCACUAAUUUGUUAACAGGGACUUAUUUUAAAGCAAAGCAAACUACCCGCUGUACAA